UCUUGUGCAGUUGGUUAUCUUUGUGAGUGAGCAUCUCAUUUGCUUUGAUGUAAUAAACCUUGCUACGAUAGCCUAGGAUCAUCCAGGUACCUGAAGUUGACUACAGCGACUCCAGAAAUGUUACAAACUAUGGGCUAUCGACGUGGGGACCCUCCUAAGGGUCUGACAUAAGUACCGUGCGCUGCCAAGUCUCCAGUUCGUCAUGUAUCAGAUGAUCAUCAAUCCCCUUAUCUCGUCAUCCAAAAUGUCCCCUGAUGUCAGUUAUCGCAAUUUGCACGAGCCAGGCUGUCUAAAAUUUUCCCAAGGCGAAACGUUUAAAAGCCGGACCGUAAUCGCUGCAGUUAUCAGUCUAGCACCCCAUUCUUCGUUCCUGCCAAAAAUGAGGUCCAAUCUUGCUGCUCUCGUCACUCUAGUUCUCGCCCUCAUUGGUUCUGCCCAUGAGCAUGAUUAUGAGGACCAGAUGCCCUUCAACUAUGUCAAGUACCCUUACCAGGCGGCCUACUACCCAGGUGAUAACGAAGUGACCGCGGACUCCGUAUUCUCUGGAAUCACUACAUUUGCCAAGUUACCGUGGGUACAAUGCCUGGGGAAGGACAGAGAUGCCACGUUCGACAUCGCUUUCAUCGGUGCACCAUUUGACACAGGUACUUCGUACAGGCCGGGCGCUCGUUUUGGGCCCGCCGGUAUCCGGGCAGGAUCCCGCCGCCUGACUUUAUAUGGAGGGUAUAACGUUCCCCUGGAAGUUAAUCCGUUCCAGUCGGGUCUGAAAGUUGUUGACUGUGGCGACAUCCCUGUCACACCGCGCACUUACACAUCACUCGGCAACGAUACGCUGACCGGACAACCUCUUACCCCCAUCUCCCUAGACGGGAAGAAUCACCCAAGGGUUGUGACACUUGGAGGGGAUCAUACCAUCGUCCUACCACUACUUAGGUCUAUCUACUCUGCCUACGGCCCAAUUUCUGUCAUCCACUUUGACUCCCAUCUCGACACGUGGAAGCCAUCCGUCUUUGGCGGCGCUCCAUCUGAACAAGCGGCUAUCAACCACGGUACUUACUUCUACUGGGCCAGCCAGGAAGGUCUCAUCAGGAAUGGCAGCUUCAAUUGCAAGUAUCUCCACGGUGCCAUUCGUACGACACUAUCCGGGCCAGCUGACUACGCAAAUGAUGAUGAUUCUGGGUUCCAAAGGAUAGAAGCUCGCGAAAUUGACACCAUUGGGACCGGUGGCAUUAUCAAGAAAAUUCGUGAGACCGUUGGCGACCGUCCAGUUUACUUGUCUAUAGAUAUUGAUUCCAUCGAUCCUGCGUUCGCGCCUGCUACUGGGACACCUGAGACUGGUGGUUGGUCGACACGCGAGCUGCGUACGAUCUUGCGUGGGUUGGAUGGUCUUUUCAUUGUUUCGGCCGACAUCGUCGAAGUUGCGCCUGCGUAUGACACUAACGCAGAACUUACUACUAUGGCCGCGGCAGAUGUCCUCUUCGAAGUUAUCAGUGUCAUGGCGAAGACACCCCUCGGCAAAGUUGCCAACUGAGAUGUUCGGUGGACUGCUGUCUAAAUGUUUGAUUCGGAUCCUAUGGUUUUUGAGGAUUGUACCACUGUAAUAUCUAGCUCUGUUUCACCCAACUUCUAGAAGUUGGGUUAGAAGACCUGCCUUUUUAUGAAAAUUUGCCUUUGUUCGGUGU